AUGAAUAAAAUAAUAUUUAGUUUAGUUUGCAUCGUUUUGUAUGUCAUUUUGGCUGUAUCAAUACAUUGCUCCGAACAGAAAGUAUAUGGUGUAAGAAGCAGAAUCAUUCGUGCUAUCAAAAAAAUGAACAAAAGUGAGGAAAAAAAUUGUAUAAAAUUUAAAUGCAAAGCACAAUUAAAUAAUAACAAUAAUAAAAAUGAGAAAUGCAAUAAAAUCAGCGAUGACUAUGAAGGAAUGGAGCGUGUUUUCUUUUGUUGUUGUCUUAUACCUAAAGAAUCUGAUUAG